AUGCGUUCUGAAAACGUCCGGCAGGCGCGUGGCGGGCGUAUUUACAGCCUCACCGUCGCUUUUCCUGAGCGCACAUGGAACGGGCCCGACCCAAGUUACGGACCGGGUGCUCCGCCGCAUUUGGAGCGUCAUUGCCGGCCCGCUCCGUCGUGGCGCGUGCGCCUGCGUUUUAACUUCAUUUUUUUGGGCGCGCCGGCGCCCCUCACACACACAGCGAGGCGGCUGAUGAACUUGCGAAAGCAGCGCUGGGGAAAGUUCAGGACGCACCCGCGCGGAUGGCGGACAUCCGCACCGCCACCCGCCGCCGCCGCGCACAGAAAACUGAGGGGGCCGCCAUUAUCCCCGCAGGACCCGACAGCCAGCGCCGGCGCCUCGUCGUGGAUGGCGCGAGUCCGCAAACAGCCCCGCCGACGCGUGCAGGGGAGUUGGUUAUGGCGCGGUGCUGCGCGGGCGCCUCGCCUCACUUGGGUGGGCCGCGCAGCCAACAGCCCUCCCAAAAAAAAAUGUACGAUGGUGUCGGCUGCCCCGAGCAUAGAGGA